AUGACCUCCGCGACUUCCUCACCUUCGGCCUUGAAUGGCGAAAUCAAUUCCUCUUCCAAGCUACAUGCAUCCUCGCUGGUUCGAUUACCUAAAUCUCAAAAUGCCGUGUCGGCCGCGCCCACUGGCACUAAUCCUUCGCCCUUCUCUUCUAUUCCUUCAACUGCCACAACUUCAGUCAACAUCCCAACUGCCAACUCCAGUCCUACGACCGGCCCUCGAAACAGCUUCUCCAACGCAUCCAGUCCGGCCGGAACCCCUUUUAUCCUCGCUGCCGACAGUGCCCGUGGCCGCUACUUUCCCUACGCCUUGUCAUCGCCUGUCCCUCUCGAGUUAGAUGAGACCGCCGACAACAUGGCCAUUGCCGCUAGUCUCCCCAGUGAACAGGCUUUUGCUAGCUACAAAGGUAGCACUGCACCCACUACCACCACGAGUGGCCCUGGACUCAUGCGAAGAAUUUCUCGAGGUGCUGCAAACAAGCUCACCAGGCGACGUCAAUCCUCUACACAGCGCGAUACACGCGACCACAGCUCCGGUCCAGUGAUUAUGCGACGGCGAAGUGACGGCAAAGCCCACCCCCGAAAUGGACGUGAAAGCAUCAUGGACUCGAGUUUUGACGAUGAAGAAACGGAAGUCUACGAAUCGCUUGGCGCCUGGGGUGGCUCCGAAUCUACUAAUCAUAUCAACGGCGAACUGACACCUGCCCCCUCUGAGGUCGGUGCGGUUGCGCCUAAAGUUGACUCUGCACUCCAGCGCGGCACUUUGUUGACCAAGGUCACCAAGAAGAAAAGCAAACAAGUUCGCUUCUUCUUGGAUCUCGACGCGGCCAAGGUCCGCUGGGACUUGACCAACCCAGCCAAGCGAUUCUACAUUGACGACAUCAAAGAAAUCCGAGUAGGUCCCGAUGCUCGGAACUAUCGCGAAGAAUACCAAAUUGGCGCCGAAGCGGAAAAUCGGUGGAUCACCAUCGUUUUUGCCGACCCCGAUCGAUCCAAGGGUCGCCCUGUCAAGACUAUGCAUUUGAUUACUCCCGAUGAUUACACCCUGGAACUCUGGACGGCAACUCUCGAGCACAUCUCGCGGUACCGCAUUGGUCUCAUGGCCGGCCUUGCCGGGCCAGCUCAGAGUGAUGCUGUUCUACGCGCACACUGGCAACGGGGGAUUUCAAGACUCUUUCCGGCCGGGUCCUCUCAGCCAGCAGAGAAAGAGUCCCUCGACCUGGCUGCCAUUGAGUCUGUCUGUCAAAGCUUACACAUCAAUUGCUCCAAGAAAGCGCUCUACACACAGUUUGUCAAGGCCGACGUUGAUUGCAGUGGCAAGCUCAAUUAUUCCCAGUUCAAACGCUUCAUCUCCGGUUUGAAAGAACGAAAGGAUAUUCGACGCAUCUAUAAAGAUCUGGCCGUUGGAAAACCUGAAGAGGGUCUCAGUCUUGAAGAGUUCCUUGACUUUCUGGAACAUGUCCAAAAGGAAGAUGUCGCGCACGAGCGGGAUUAUUGGGUGUCACACUUUGAUAGGGUUGUGCGUCGCUCCCGAAGCAGGACUCCGAGUCUCAAUGAGCAGAGCGAGUACCAUCUGCCACGAAUGAGUCUCGAUGCCUUGUCGUCAUUUCUUCUAUCUGAAGCCAAUGGAAUUUACGCUUCUCACGCUCCAGAAUCCCGCUUUGAUCGACCACUCAACGAGUAUUUCAUUUCGAGUUCGCACAACACCUACCUCGUAGGACGCCAGGUUGCUGGUGCUUCUAGUACUGAGGCCUAUAUCAGUGCUUUGCAGCAAGGGUGUCGGUGUCUCGAGAUUGACUGCUGGGAUGGCUCUGAUGGACGCCCCAUCGUUUCUCAUGGAAGAACGUGGACAACCAGCGUCUUAUUUGCCGAUUGCAUUACUGUAAUCAAUCGAUAUGCCUUUAUUUCGACCGACUUCCCUCUCAUUCUCUCGCUCGAGGUUCAUUGCAAUCCUGAGCAGCAGCUUGCCAUGGUUAAAAUCAUGAAGGACACGUUUCUAGAACAGCUAAUUUUGGAGCCGUUGCUCAAGAACUGUGCUAUUCUUCCGUCGCCUGAAGAACUGAAGAAUCGCAUCCUGAUCAAAGUCAAGACUUGCGAUGAGCCCCAGCAGGUCUUUCCUUCUGAAACUACACUUAACACCCCAAGCUUCCAUGGGCGCAAACGCAGCUCGAGUACGCCAUUUCUCCGCAGUUCUGGUUAUGAGAGUGGCAGUAUCGGCGAAAUAUCUCUCUCUAGCCCCCCAACCAUCGGACCCUCAUCAGACACAGCAAUGCCGAUGCCUUUUAUCACCCCAGGACGGCGGUCCGGAACGACUACUAGCAUGAGCAGUGCUACCGAGGACAGCGACAGUGCUCUUAUGACAUCCUCCAAGGCCUCAAGAAAACAACCAAAGCGGAGCAAAAUUACAAAGCCGCUGUCGGACCUUGGAGUAUACACCCGGGGCUACAAAUGGCGUAGCUUCGGUGCCCCUGAGAGCAAAUCGUACAACCAUGUGUUUUCCUUUGCGGAAAAAGGUUACGAAAGCGCGACUCGCGACGUAGAGAACAAGGCCCUUUUCGAAACACACAACAAGCGUUUCCUCACCCGUGUUUAUCCUGCUCCGACUCGCAUCAAAUCUACCAAUUUUGACCCAACCUCAUUCUGGAGAAGUGGUGUCCAAAUGGUGGCUCUGAACUGGCAAACAUAUGAUAUCGGGAUGCAGAUGAACCAGGCAAUGUUUGCCGCUGGAACUGACCGAACUGGGUACAUCCUCAAGCCCGAGUCCAUGCGCCGCCCGGCUUCACCACUGGAGUCUAUUGUCAGCAAAAAGCCGGCUACCACGGAGCGGGUGCUCGUACGAUUGUCGGUCAACAUGAUUUCGGCUCAGCAGCUUCCACGACCACGGGGUAUGGGACCCGACGAGAGCAUCAACCCAUAUGUCGAGAUUGAAAUGUACAUAGCGGAUGACCGCGGCCAGUGCAUUGCUUUUGGAGAAGGCGGACAAAAUGUCUUGUCUCGCAACGGCACUAACCUGGGGCUUGCCCAUCGCCGACGAACCAAAACCGAGGCUAGCAAUGGAUUCAGCCCGGUUUUCAACGACCAAUUUCGGUUGGCAGUGGAAACCAAGUACCCUGAUCUUGUCUUUGUCCGCUGGAGGGUUUUGAAUUCGCCAGACGGACGCAGUGCGGGUGGCAGCAAUCCCGUUGAGCUUGCUACGUUUACUGCCAAACUUACUAGCCUGUCGGAAGGAUACCGUUAUCUGCCCUUGUACGAUACCAGCGGUGACCAGUAUCUUUUUUCUACUCUGUUCUGCAAAAUUACUAAAGAGACCCCGGUUCCCGUCCAACGACUUGAUCUGGACGAACUCAAGGCAGAGCGAACGGGAAUCUUCCGACAGAUUGGCCAGACGGUGUUCAAGCGAGCCUUGUCCACCGAACGAGGCCACGAUCGGUCCAAAGCCGAGCGUUUUGAGGUGGAAUCUGUUCGAAGUAAAGAUUCACCGUCUCUUGCUCCAGUUCUUUCGACGUCUCCUACUAUUCCUCCAUUGAAUAUGUUUUGA